UAAAACAGCGUGUGAAGAGCGGUUAAACGCUGUAUGGACUAUGGUAUGUGGAAGAUUUAAACAUGUAUUAAAAUACUGGCUGGAGUAACACGUUAAAUAAAAGAGCUUAAGGGCAGCGUUUGAGUAGUGGUUAUAAUUAUGAUGUGAUUUGUGGAGAACAUGUAGCAGAAAUAAUGAUGAUUUAUUCUAUUAAAUUUGGAGUUUCGAACGAGCGACGUUAGUGCGAUGAGAAACAAAAUAACCAGGGAAGAAAAUUAAAGAUGUACACAACUUUACCAAAAUCAUGGCGGGACGAAUUCGACGACAACGCCACGUUGACGGAACUCAACGACGCUUUGGUCACGCUACACCUUCCGGCCAUUGUCAUCUGUACUACACUUGCAGUGAUGGGCAUCAUCGGAAACUUGAUCGUGUUAAGCGUCUACAUACCCCACCCAAGCUCAUUUUCACGUGUGUUUAUUCUGUGGCUUGCUGUAGUAGACGUGAUAGCGUGCAGCGUCGGAACCCCUCUGCUGGUGUUUAGCAUGAUUCAUCCGUACCAGUUUCCGUCCGAGAACGUUUGCAAAACGUUACGUUUUGUCCACGUUUUUCUAGUGGCGACGUCAGUGUUUAUAUUUGUUAGUAUUGCCAUGGAAAGGCAUCGGGCUAUCUGCAAUUUUGAGGUGGUUGAAAUGAAAACAAUGCGAAUGCAUGUCAUGUGUAUUGUGUCUUGUAUUAUGGGUGUUGUAGUUGCCGUCCCGGCUAUAUUUAUUUACGGAUUAAGGACAGUCAAAACUGGAGUUCACAAUAUCACAGGGACUGAAUGCUUUGUUGAAGACCACUUUAUACAAACUGAUUCAAUAAUGCCCAAAAUAUACUUCCCAUUUCAAUCCAUAGUCGUGAGUAUAUCGUUUACUAUUUUGCUUGUGUUGUACAUUCGGAUUGGACGUCAGUUACAGUGGCAUCUGAAAUUCACGGGACGUUACACAGCAAGGUCUAAGUUAAACCAGUCAACCAAAUCAAGCCAGUCGGUGUGCAUAUAUGAACAAACCGACAGUUCGCCGAAAUUAAAGGCCGGAAGUAUGCUAAAGCUGACUUCUACGUCAGAUAGGACCGGAAGUACAUAUAGCCUCCAUACGCCCGUGGGGAAGGAGGCGUCCACCGCCAGUAGCCGCGUAAAUAGAGCCGCCCAUGAGAUGACCAGCAUGUUUUGUUGGUUGACGGCCGUUUUCAUGCUCUCUUUCAUUCCUCACCUUGCUAUUAUCAUUUACUCAACAUUUCGGACUGAUUUUGCACAGGAUAUGACGUCAUCACAGGUUGUGGCGUAUAACAUAUUUUUGAGAUCGUUUGCUGUCAAUAACAUGGCAAAUCCGCUCGUGUAUUUCACAUGUGUACGUGACUUUCGACGCGAUUUUAAGAAUUUACUUAGUAAUAUUUUCUGUAGCUGCAGGAGAUAAUGACCGUAGUUAAAUAAAAAAUGGGACACAUGUAAAUGGACACAGGGAUAAUUGUUCCGACCUUUAGCGAAGAGUAUGUGUAGUUAUACUAAAUAGUCAUUUCCUUCCAUCAGUGAAUACAGUUGGGAGUCACUUUGAAAUUGUCAAUGUCACACACCUUAAGGUCAGUAUAUAAAGUACGGAGAUCGCGUCCUCUCUAGAGCUGUCUCUGGUAGUACAUGAUUCUUUGACAAUCUCUUAUAAAAAGUACAAUAUUAUUGUAUGUUUCUGUGUUUUGUAAAAGCGAAGGGUUAUCUCAAAAUUAGAUGGAAUUGAUUAAUCCGAAUUAAUGUAAAUGAUCUCAUUUUUGGAAAAAUAAUACAAUCUUAUGUACCAGUGGUCUCGGGAUGGGCUUUCUUGAGUCAGAGUGUGCAUUAUGUGCCGAUUCUUAAUUUGCAUUCUUGGCCCAUAUGCACUUAUAUCUUUAGUCUUAGUCUGCACUCUGUGCCCAUAUGCAGUAACGUCUUAAGUCUGAGCUCAUUCUGGAUCCAUAUGCACUUACGUCUUAGUAUGAUUAUGUAUUCUGGGUCCAUAUGCACUAAUGUCUUGUGUCCGAGAGAGCAUUCUGGAUCCAUAUGCACUAACGUCUUGAGUCUGAGAGAGCAUUCUGGGUCCAUAUGCACUAACGUCUUGAGUCUGAGAGUGCAUUCUGGGUCCAUAUGCACUAAUGUCUUGUGUCCGAGAGAGCAUUCUGGAUCCAUAUGCACUAACGUCAUGAGUCUGAGAGUGCAUUCUGGAUCCAUAUGCACUAACGUCUUGAGUCUGAGAGUGCAUUCUGGAUCCAUAUGCACUAACGUCUUGAGUCUGAGUGUGCAUUCUGGGUCCAUAUGCACUUACGUCAUUAGUCUGAGUGUGCAUUCUGGGCUCAUGUGCACUAACGUCUUGAGUCUGAGUAUGCAUUUUGGGUCCAUAUGCCCUGAGUGUGCAUUUUGGGUCCAUAUGCACUUACGUCUUAAGUCUGAGUGUGCAUUCUGGGCUCAUGUGCACUAACGCCUUGAGUCUGAGUGUGCAUUCUGGGUCCAUAUGCACUUACGUAAUUAGUCUGAGUGUGCAUUCUGGGCUCAUGUGCACUAACGUCUUGAGUCUGAGUGUGCAUUCUGGGUCCAUAUGCACUUACGUCAUUAGUCUGAGUGUGCAUUCUGGGCUCAUGUGCACUAACGUCUUGAGUCUGAGUGUGCAUUUUGGGUCCAUAUGCCCUGAGUGGGCAUUUUGGGUCCAUAUGCACUUACGUCUUAAGUCUGAGUGUGCAUUCUGGGCUCAUGUGCACUAACGUCUUUAGUCUAAGAGGUUUUAUUUUUAUGUUUUAAGAACAUAUUCAAUCGCAUAUUACUUUAUGUGUUUAAUAAGUUUUAUGUUAGUGUUUUUCUGUAAUUGCGAAUUAGCGCUUAAAGAAUAUACUGCAGUAUUGUUUGUUUAUGAAGGAAUUCAAUUUUUUGCAUGUCAAUUCGGGUAGUAUAGCCAGAUAUAAGAAAACAAUAUAAUUUAAAUAAUACUAUCGGUUUCGGCAUCAACAAGGCCAGCAAGCUGUGCUGUUUGACAUCAAGAAUUUGUGCAAGCCCUGAAAGCAUUUUUUCUAGUUUUAAGUGCGUUUGCUUGUUGGCUUUUACAUGUUAAGGAACUUUACUUGUCUGCAUACUAUUUGUUUUUGUUUUUAAAUUUCCGCACGUAGGUUGUACAUAUUUGCUUACUGUUCGUCAUGGUAACUUACAUUUAAUGUUUUAAAUUGAUUAUACAAAGUAAUGUCUUUGCAUUAAUAUUUUAUUUGCUCAGUUUUGGAAACAUUUGUUUUAUAUGUGUUGGAAUAAAUUCACAA